AUGGCAGCGUCCGCCCGUGGGCUCCGCACUCUCCAAUCCGCCCACUCAUCCACCACCGUACCUAGGCUUCAAUUAGCUGUAUCCAGAUGCUAUGCGACAACUACCUCCCCCGAUCCCCCCAUAACCAAUUCCUCCAAUUCCUCCAAUUCCUCCAAUUCCACGCCCACCCCCAAGCAGCGAAUCACAGCUUUCAAAGACAAGCUAAACGCCGGCCCCUCGUUCUCCGAUUUUGUCUCCGGCGGCGGCGGCGGCGGCGCCUCAAACGACCGCGUCCCCCUGGACCCCGCCGAAGCGUAUGCCCUGAAAACCGCCCUCGUAGGGCCCCCCGGCAGAAAGAAGCAGAUCAUCCGUCUGCCCUCCUGGCUCAAGACCCCCAUCCCAGACACCCCAAACUACAGGCGCAUCAAAAGCGACCUCCGCGGCCUAAACCUGCACACCGUCUGCGAAGAAGCCCGCUGCCCCAACAUAUCCGAUUGCUGGGGCGGCAGCUCCAAGUCCGCCGCAACGGCCACAAUCAUGCUGAUGGGAGACACGUGCACGCGCGGCUGCCGCUUCUGCAGCGUGAAGACGUCCCGCACGCCUCCGCCGCUCGACCCGCACGAGCCGGAGAAUACGGCCGAGGCGCUCUCGCGUUGGGGGCUGGGGUACGUGGUGAUGACGAGCGUUGACCGGGACGACCUUGCCGACGGCGGGGCGAGACAUGUGGUCGAAACGGUGCGCAAGGUCAAGCAGAAGGCGCCCGGCAUCCUCCUCGAGUGCCUGACGGGCGACUACGCGGGGGACCUGGAGAUGGUGGCGCUGGUGGCUACGUCGGGCCUGGACGUGUUCGCGCACAAUGUCGAGACGGUCGAGGCGCUGACGCCCUUUGUGCGGGAUCGGAGGGCCACGUUCCAGCAGAGCCUGCGGGUGCUGAAGGCGGCGAAGGAGGCCAGGCCGGAGCUUAUUACGAAGACGUCGAUCAUGCUUGGGCUCGGGGAGACGGAGACGCAGCUGUGGGAGACGCUGAGGGCGCUGAGGGCGGUCGAUGUUGAUGUUGUUACCUUUGGGCAGUACAUGAGGCCGACGAAGCGGCAUAUGGCUGUGCAUGAAUAUGUGAGGCCGGAGGUGUUUGAUUUGUGGAAGGAGCGGGCUCUGGAGAUGGGGUUUUUGUACUGUGCGUCUGGGCCGUUGGUGAGGAGUAGUUACAAGGCUGGGGAGGCGUUUAUUGAGAAUGUGUUGAAAAAGAGGAGGGGGGAGGGUGCUGACGGUGGUGAUGGUGGGAACUCGACGAGGCGUGAGGAUGUGGAGAGAUUGGUUGCUGGAGGGGUAGUGCGGUGA